CCAGCACUCAGUUGAGCAACCAAAGAGCUGCGCCCGGCGUCUUCACUCCAGUUUAUGCCUCAUCCCAAGGAUCGGCCAAGGAUCCUCUUCUCGUCCAGCAUCGAACAGCAACAUUCAGCCCAGUAAUGAUCAAGUACGUGUGGCAUGUGGCGGCCCUGAUGAUCGUCUUCUGUUGGCUCUCAAGUGCACGCAGUGCCAGCUACCAGCACCAGAACCAGAACCCAAACAGCCUGAGUUUGGGUCCCAAGCACCAGGCCAGUGGUCCCGUACUGGGUUCCACGGGCUUCUGGAAGGACAUGUCGAUGGUUUACCGCAUCUACCAGCAGUGCACGGGCGACAAUAUGUCUGUUUGCCUCAAGGUCAAGCUGCUAACUGGCCUGGAAAAGGCCUUCCGUUCGGCCAAGACUUUGCCGCUGACGGAGGGCAUUCAGUUCGUGAGUUCCGGUGGAGCGAAUGAGGAUUCAAAACGAGCUCCCAUCAGCGAGCAGGACAUUGAAGCCGUCUUGCCCAGAAGCGUGGACGCCAAGGAGCAGGUGCUGAACAACAUGAUACUGAAGCGGGUGGGCAACUUUCUACAGGACCACACUCUGCAGGUUAAAUUUGACUCCGAGGCAAAUUCGGUGGAGGGUCGCAAGAAGAAGGAGAAGAAGGGCAACGGCGCCAUGAUCAUGAUCCCCCUGCUGCUGGGCGGCACCAUCGUGCCCCUGGCCUACGGAGCCCUGGCCAUGCUGGCGGGCAAGGCGCUGAUCGUGUCCAAGCUGGCCCUGGUCCUGGCCUCGAUCAUCGGCAUCAAGAAGCUGCUGAGUGGGGGCGGCGGCGGCAAGGAGUCCUCCCACGAGGUGGUCGUCUCCUCGGGCGGCCAUUCCGGCUGGGGCCGGGAAUUGGACACCGCCUACAGUGGCUGGAAGCCGGCGGCCAAGGAGUCGGCGGGCAGCGCCAAGAGCCUGUGAGCUCGCAUUUGCAUUUGGGAAACGGAGAAGUGGAAGGAGAAGCUGGAGAAGAUGGGAAAUUCGAGAGGGAUUGUGGAGAGUGAACCAAAGAAUCGAGCGCCGCACGAACUGUCUGACUAAUGUCUAGUUUAAUUUGCCUAAUCGAUCAUUAAUUUAACGAACUAAAUGUGUGUGUUAGGUUUAAGUAAGCGUUAAUUAAAUAUAGUAAAUUCUGCUACCCGAAAACCGCA